AUGCUCCACCUGGCCGCUCUCCUCCUGCACUGUCUCCCCUUGGCCAUGGGACAAUAUGACAUUUGCAAGUCCUGGGUGACCACGGACGAUGGCCCGUCAUGGGAGUUUUACGCUUGUCAACCCAAGGCCAUGCGGAUGAAGGAUUACGUGACGGUACGGGUGGAUCCAGCUGGAAUCACCUGUGGGGACCCGCCGGAGAGGUUCUGCACCCAUGAGAACCCGUACCUGUGCAGCGAUGAGUGUGACGCCUCCAACCCGGACCUGGCCCACCCACCAAAACUCAUGUUCGACAGCGAGGACGAAGGGCUGGCCACGUACUGGCAGAGCGUGACGUGGCGCCGAUACCCGGAGCCGCUGCUGGCCAACAUCACGCUGUCCUGGAACAAGAGCAUCGAGCUGACGGAUGACAUCGUGAUAACCUUCGAGUACGGCCGACCCACCAUCAUGAUGCUGGAGAAGUCACUGGACAACGGGAGGACUUGGCACCCCUACCAAUAUUACGCAGACGACUGCAUGGAGGCCUUCAGCAUGCCAGCACGGAGGGUCCGCGACCUCUCCACCACCAGUGCCAACAGGGUCCUCUGCACGGAGGAGUAUUCCCGCUGGGCGGGCUCCAAAAAAGAGAAAACCGUCCGGUUCGAGGUGAGGGACCGCUUUGCCAUCUUUGCUGGCCCUGACCUCAAGAACAUGGACAACUUGUACACCCGGCUGGAAAGCGCCAAAGGGCUCAAGGACUUCUUUACCGUGACCGACCUGCGGAUGAGACUGCUGAGACCAGCCCUGGGCGGCACCUACGUGCAGAGGGAGAACUUGUACAAGUACUUCUACGCCGUCUCCAACAUUGAAGUCACCGGCAGGUGUAAAUGCAACCUCCACGCUAACCUGUGCACCUUCAAAGAGGGCAGCCUUCAGUGCGAGUGCGAGCACAACACCACGGGGCAGGACUGCGGCAAGUGCAAGAAGAACUUUCGCUCCAGGUCUUGGCGAGCAGGAUCCUACCUGCCUCUGCCCAACGGGUCCCCCAACGCAUGUGCAGCUGCAGGCUCAGCCUUUGGCA